AUGGAGUUAUAUGAAUUGCAAUUUAAUAGUAUUGCUGCUCAUGUGCUGCACUGCACAGACAGUGGAUUUGGGGCCAGGUUGCUGGAGUUGUGUAACCAGGGCCUGUUCGAAUGCCUGGCCCUCAACUUGCACUGCCUAGGGGGACAGCAGAUGGAGCUUGCUGCUGUCAUCAACGGCCGAAUUCGUCGUAUGUCUCGUGGAGUGAACCCAUCUCUGGUGAGCUGGCUGACCACCAUGAUGGGACUGAGACUUCAGGUGGUCCUGGAGCACAUGCCUGUCGGCCCUGACGCCAUCCUCAGAUACGUUCGCAGGGUUGGUGACCCCCCUCAGCCACUCCCUGAGGAGCCAAUGGAAGUUCAGGGAGCAGAAAGGACCUUUCCUGAGCCUCAGCGUGAGAAUGCCUCCCCAGCUCCUGGGACAACAGCAGAAGAGGCCAUGUCUCGAGGGCCACCCCCUGCCCCUGAUGGGGGCUCCCAGGAGGAACAGGACGGAACCUCAGCGGAAACAGAACCUUGGGCAGCUGCGGUACCCCCCGAAUGGGUUCCUAUUAUCCAGCAGGACAUACAGAGCCAGCGGAAGGUGAAACCGCAGCCCCCUCUGAGUGACGCCUACCUCAGUGGUAUGCCUGCUAAGAGACGCAAGCUCCGGUCCGAUAUACAAAAACGGCUUCAGGAAGAUCCAAACUACAGUCCCCAGCGCUUCCCUAAUGCCCAACGGGCCUUUGCUGAUGAUCCCUAGUUCUUUGCUCUGUGGCCCUUCUUUACCAGGGGACCAUCUUCCCCCUCUUCCUUCACAGUAUUUAAGAAAUAAAAGUCGGAUUUUCCUGGAAAAAAAAAAAAGAA